AUGGUCACCAUUUCGCGAUUCUUAUAUCCGAAAUCACUUCCACAGCUUUUCAUGUUCAACAAACUUAAACUGAGAAAAGCACCGCUUUCACUAAGUUCUGUAAGCAAUGCUAUCAAGUCAUCAAGUUCAAGCUCGUUGACUCCACAGUUGGAAUCAAAACAUUUAAAGGUUACAUCAGGCGAUCAGCUUGGUUUACCUAUGGGAUCCAUAGACGCUAUUGCAUUUGAUCCAGUCCAAUCACUUCUAGCGGUGGGCACCAAGGCGAAGACCGUCCACGUUUAUGGUCAGCAGACUGUUGAGGUUGUUUUUGAGCUAAAUACUAGAGCGGAGAUUGCACAUUUGAGAUUCUUAAAAGGCAUAUAUUUGGUAUGUGUCGAAACAUCAGGCACUAUAACUAUAUUGUCUUUACAUUCGAAAAGCAUUUUGUCUACAUACCUGGCUCCUGGGACGAUUACCGCGGUGGAGUCUGAUCCUUCUAUGGACUGGCUAAUUUUUGGGUUGGCCAAUGGUUCGUUAUUCUUUUACGACGUGGAUAGAUUCAAUCUUACGCCGUUUAGAGUGGAUAAUCUACAGAAGGUUGUUUUACCUAAGCAGAAACUAUCACCAGUGAGAAGUAUCCAAUGGCAUCCCAGGGACAUUGGUACUUUAUUGAUAACGUACAGCCAUUGUGCUAUUCAAUUCUCAAUUUCUGGUGGUGGUAUCAAGAAUUCAUUUACGUACAUUCUGGAACCAGGAACCAGAGGUUACGCACAUUCGAACGGAUUUGCCACUGGAAACAAGAAAAAAUUAUUCGGAUCACCCAAACCGGUAGUGUGUGAAAUGAAUGAAGCACAUUAUCAUCCCAAUGGAUUACACGUCGUAACUGUACAUGCAGAUGGAUCAUUGGUCUUUUGGGAUGCUAAUGAUGGAAAGCUUUUGGAGGCCAGAACAGUGAAAGAGACUGGACUUCACAAACCCGGAGAUGCAGUCCAAAUCGAAGAAAACGUUGGUAUAAAAGCAAAAUGGAUUGCGGCACAAGACCCUGAAAUCACUUCUCUUCUUAUCACAGGCUCAUCUGCAACUUCUUCAGACACUGUGGACAUACUUGAUUUUGGAUACACCCUCAAAUAUUCUUUAACAUCUCAUGAGAAGCAAGGUGCCUUCUAUGCUAAUCCUCAAGAAGGUAGACGAGUUAUAAAGAUUGAUUUUUAUCAGCGUAAUCGUCCAGAGGGCACACGGGAGGUGAUCAAGGAUAUCUUACCAGUCGCAGCAGAGGCACAGCCAUAUUUCAAUGGAUGCCACAACCCAUCUCUGGUCUUCUUCAUUUCGAGUUUGGGUUCCCUUUACUACCUGAAUUAUACAAAUGGCCGUCUUCAAACGUCGUCUCUUCCUCCAUCAUUGUCUUCUAUUGUUCCGCCGAUCACAUUUUCAGAUGCACAGUUGGUUAAAAGAGUGGAAUGGUUUGGUUUACUUCCAAGUAAAAGGACAGGCUAUAAAGGAAUGCUUACAGGAGGCGCUUCCGUGAACAAAGGGUAUCCAAGGACACUUGGAGCAGAUGAAAAUCUUCACAACAUCUACAUUACCGGACAUGAGGAUGGCUCUGUGAAUCUAUUUGAUAUGACGAGUGGCGAAUUUCAUGAUGAUGAAGCACAUGUACAGAUAAGUUUGAAGGAAGUCUUGGAUGUGGAAGGCAGGUUCAGCAGUUACUGUAUAGUAUCGAUUUCUUGCAGUUUUGAAAGCAGAGAACUAUUAGUUGGUGUCGGGAAUGGAAACGUUGCUUUGUGCAAGUUCAUGAAACCUAAUUCCAACCCUAUUACUUCAAUCCCAUCUGAUUAUGAAACGUGUCCAGUACUUCAUGAAAAUGGUGACGCAAAGAUACGUGACAUUUCAAAAAGGUUACCAAACUCUUCUCAUUCAUCGUUUGCACCAUUUGCAUUACUUGUACUUGGUGAAGAAGAUUAUAUCACUUCCAUGAAAAUGUCCAACGCAGGCUUUGGUGCCAUAGGAUAUAAAUCAGGAAAACUUGUGGUGAUGGAUGUAACUCGUGGUCCAGCGGUUAUCUUGAACCUGAACAUUAGACAACAUUUGCCUUCGGUAACGGGCGAAUGCUUUGUGACCGCAAUUGAAUUUGCAAUUAUGGAAUAUGGACAAGAUGGAUUUUCUUCAUUGAUCAUGAUCGUGGGAACGAACGCCGGAGGUAACUUAUUGUUGUUUAAGAUCAUUCCUCAACCUAAUGGUGGAUUCCAGGUUGCGUUUGCAGACAAAACUCUUGGCUUAAACUAUAAGAAUGCCGAUCCUGAUAAACCCUCUGGAUUGGACCAACUCAUGCCAAUUAAUGCUUCUACUGGGGAGUCAACCAUUGCUACUCUUGACAUGUUUAGGAAAUUGGGAAAGGGAAGUGCUAUUCCGGGUUACAUUGUUGUGGGGUCUUCAAGGGAUUUACGUGUUCUUAAAACCCCGAAGCAAAAGUUAGCACAUAAAGUCGUGGAUGAAACAUGUCUAUGCAAUGGUGUUGUCCAGUUGAGAGAUAGGGGGGCGGUUUUGGUGUCGGUCACAGAGUCGGGGUUUCUAAAGUUAUUUUCCCUUCCUUCAUUGAGCGAGACAGAUGUAAAGAUUCCGAACGAGAUUUUCUCGAGGUUGAAGAAGAGUCGUAUGUCAAGUUUGUCUUCGGGCUCUACAGUAUUGGGAACAGGUGAAAUACUUAUUCAGUUGAGCCGAACUGAAGUCAUGAGUUUGCUACUUUAUGACGAAUCAAGAAAUAAACCACAAAAAACAAAGCCCACAGACUCAUUGUUUAAUGAAAAUGCUAUUAUUCCACCUAGACCUACUGCAGGAGCUAUGCUGUGGGCCAAGGGUCAGAUCACUUUGACGUCUACAUCUGACCUAACAUCUCUAAUUGCCGGCCCAAAUAGAAGGCAACCGAAGCACCCGGAAAGUCAAUUAGCAUACAAUAUUAGCCCCGAAGCGAAUCCAAAUCAAACAUAUGGCGCGUAUAACGGAGUUUCAUCAACACCAAAGCCGGCAGAACCCUAUGCCCAGCCAACGAGAAGAGCUACGGCUACGAAUCCAUAUGCUUUUGGCACACAAGGUUUCAUGAGAUCCAUUCGUGAUGGAAUUGAUUCGGUAGAAGAGAACGUGAAUUCUUAUGCCUCUGGUUUAUCCGAAGCGAUGACAGAAACUGUUGAAGGCCAGAAGAAGUCUCUUUAUUCACUGGCUUUGAAGAGUAAGUUUGGAUUUUAG